GUAAAAGAGAUAUUAGAAUGUUUUUACAACGCGUUUCUACGAUCACUUAACUCUCUUAUCACGGUCACGUGAAACUCGCAAAAGCACCUGUAUUUGUAAUGGUCGCAAAAUAUGAUAAUUUCAGUCUUAUCUUUCAAACAUGACAUGACGAACGUUCACGUUACGUUACAUAAAUCAAUUACAAAAAUACGCGUUUUCGUUAUUUUUUUCCCGUACAAUACUAUACAUAUACACGCAUAAUCGCAAACUUCCUGUGGACUUCAGUCGCGCCUUUUCUCUAGUCGCGGCCUUGGCAAGGGAACACGUCUCUCCUCCGUCGAGGUACACCGAGGUGGCCCGCGCCUGCGUGCAAUCGCGGCUCCGCACUCACGGCGCCGACCGACGGUUCCACCAAUUGCGGAAUGUUAUGAAAGUCCUCGAGACUCCGCGGCACCGUGCUCGUCAUCCGUCAUCCGUCGUCCUCGUACCGCGAACGCAACGCAACGCAACGCGACGCGACGCAGAUCGAGCUCGGGUAGUCGGGACAGUUCGCCAAGACGCGCAGUGUAGUCCUCUCCUUCACACGCAGCCGCGGCUGUAGAAACCACCCUCGUGUCUCGCGCAGCCACCACCAUGAGCCUGGUGCGGCAGAACUUCCACGAAGAGUGCGAGGACGCGCUCAACAAGCAAAUCAAUCUGGAGCUAUACGCCAGUUAUGUCUAUCUGUCCAUGGCGUACUACUUUGACAGGAGCGAUGUCGCGUUACCGGGUCUAUACAAGUAUUUCAAGAAGGCGUCGGACGAGGAGCGCGAACAUGCCACGAAAUUUCUAACUUAUCAGAACAAGCGAGGCGGCGACAUCAUCCUGACGGACAUUCAGGCACCGUCCAGGAGGAACUGGAAUAGUGCGAAAGACGCUAUGACGGAGGCUCUGCAGCUAGAGAAGAGAGUGAAUCAGAAGUUGCUCGAGCUGCACGGAAUCGCCUCGACGCAUAACGAUGCGAAUUUCAUGGAUUUCUUGGAGAACGAGUUCCUGCAAGAGCAAGUGGAUGCGAUAAAGGAGAUCGCUGAUCAUGUGACAAAUCUGGAGAGAGUCGGGGAAGGUCUCGGUGUUUUUAUUUAUGACAAAGAACUGAAAGAUUGAAAUAAACUGUGCGUUUGAGAAUUUGCACAAAACAAAAUAAAAUUAAAGAUAUUUAAGUAAAGACAUUGUAGAUAAAUAUCACGUCGUUGGUUUAUAUAAUAAAUUCGGUAAAAAUAAUCAAUAAAGAAUUCGUGUUGAAAAAAGAUGCUGCAUAUGAAUAGACGAGAGAAGAAGCGAAUGUUUUAGGCGUUAUAUAUCGUUGUUCCAAUCUCCGAUGAGGAGAAGGCAUAGCUAGUGUAAUUUUAUGCGGCUGCUUGUCGCAGGAAUGAUCAAUUAACUUUAUCGUGCAAUUAUCUAGCGGUUAACUUUUUGAAAUAUAUCAUAUUUCUAGGCUCUACAAAUUGUAAUCGCACACAAUGUUGUAUCGUUUUAAAUCAAAUAUUAAUAAUAUAUAUAAUUAUUGAAACUUCUAUAACA